GCGCGCGCGCGGGCGUGCGGAGUUGAGACUGGGGUGUAGCUACUCUGCGUAGGUGUUUGGCUUUGAAAUGCAGCGGGACUUAGUGAGUUUCCCGCUGUCGCCAGCGGUGCGGGUGAAGCUGGUGUCUGCAGGUUUCCAGACAGCUGAGGAACUCCUAGAGAUGAAACCGUGCGAGCUCAGCAAAGAAGUUGGGAUAUCUAAAGAGGAAGCCUUGGAAACUCUGCAAAUUAUAAGAAGAGAAUGUCUCACAAGUAAAUCAAGAUAUGCUGCUAUAGCUGAGUCAGGCAAGAAGUGUACAGCACUGGAACUUCUUGAGCAGGAGCAUACCCAGAGCUUCAUAAUUACCUUCUGUUCAGCACUAGAUAAUAUUCUUGGGGGUGGAAUACCCUUAACUAAAACAACAGAAAUUUGUGGUGUACCGGGUAUUGGAAAAACACAAUUAUGUAUGCAGUUGGCAGUAGAUGUGCAGAUACCAGAAUGUUUUGGAGGAGUGGAAGGUGAAGCAGUUUUUAUUGAUACUGAAGGAAGUUUUAUGGUUGAUAGAGUAGUAGACCUUGCUACUGCGUGCAUUCAGCACCUUCGCCUUAUAGCAGGAACACAUAUGGGAGAGGAGCACCCAAAAGCUUUGGAGGAUUUCACUCUUGAAAAUAUUCUUUCCCAUAUUUACUAUUUUCGUUGUCGUGACUACACAGAGCUGUUGGCACAAGUUUAUCUCCUUCCAGACUUCCUUUCAGAACACUCAAAGGUUCGAUUAGUGAUAGUGGAUGGUAUUGCUUUUCCUUUUCGUCAUGACCUAGAUGACCUGUCCCUUCGUACUCGAUUACUAAAUGGCCUAGCCCAGCAAAUGAUCAGCCUUGCAAAUAGCCACAGAUUAGCUGUACUUUUAACUAAUCAGAUGACAACGAAGAUUGAUAGAAAUCGGGCCUUGCUGGUUCCUGCGUUGGGGGAGAGUUGGGGACAUGCUGCUACAAUACGGCUAAUCUUUCAUUGGGACCAAAAGCAAAGGUUGGCAACAUUGUACAAAUCACCAAGCCAGAAGGAAUCUACAGUACUGUUUCAAAUCACACCUCAGGGAUUUAGAGAUGCUGUUGUUGCUACUGCAUCUUCUUUGCAAACAGAAGGUUCGUUGAAUUCCCGGAAACGGUCACGAGAAUCAGAGGAAGAACAGGAGUCCAAAGACUAGUCUUAAAGUAUACAUAUAUGUUGAUGCUGUGAGAUGUGAUACAUACAAGCAGUAGACUCUUUACUUUAAAAUAUAAACACACACUAUGGCACAUAUGAAUCAAGAGCGUAUGAAGUGAAGUGAAAAACACGGAAUGAGUAUGAUUCUCUGAAUUUUUCUAAAGCAGCUCUACAAUUAUAUUUUGCCCUGUUUUCAUUUUUAGUAACAGUCAGCAGAGAUGAUACAGGUAUUGUAUUUUUGCAAAUGUGGAAAGCUGAUCUCGUGUGACCAAUCUGAAUUUACCAUUCAGGCUGUUUUUUCCUCUUUUCUUUGUUAAUUGCCUAGAAAAUCCUAGGAAGAAGAGUUUGGUUUUUUUUCACAUUCCUAUUGGGUUCUCCUCUUUAAAUGUAGUUUUGAUAAUUCUUAAGAAUGACUUGUUUUUGAGCCAUCUCUUACUUGGCAUCAUGGCUGCCCUCAGACCUCUAUUGAAGCCCAAUACCAUUAAAAAGAGAAUCAAGAAGUUCAUCCAGCACCUGUCAGACCCAUAUGUCAAAAUUAAGCACAACUGGCAGAAACCCAGAGUCAUGGACAAUAGGGUGCACAGAAGAUUCAAGGGCUAGAUCUUGAUGCCCAAAACUAUUUACAGGAGCAACAAGAAAACAAAGCACAUGCUGCCCUGUGGCUUCUGAAGUUCCUAGUCCACAAUGUCCAGGAGCUUGAGGUGCUCCUGAUGUGCAACAAAUCUUACUGCGCAGAGAUUGCUCACAAUGUCUCCUCCAGGAACCACAAAGCCACUGGAAAGACUAACCCAGCUGGCCAUCUGAGUUACCAGUGCCAAUGCUACUCUGCGCAGCCAAGAAAAUGAAUAGACCGCUUAUGUGCAUGUCGUAUUUGUGUUAAUAAAACCAUAAAACUACAAAAAAAGAAAAAGGCUUGUUUUUACUAUUAUAAAGAAAAGCCAGCACCAUGAGUCAGCAUAUUAUUAUAUUCAGUUUUAAUGGUAGGAUACAAAUUUUAGAUGACCAAUCAGAUUUUAGUGACCCCAAUCCUAAAAUCUAAGCCUUUUUUUUUUUUUUAUGUUAUUUUAUGUUAAGGGAAGGACUUUGGAGCUGUUACCCUAUCUAGAAAAUGUCUAGAACGUUCAUCUUCCAGAAGAGUCAAGUUGAUAAACUCACAAUUAUUUAUUUCUACAUUUUUGAAACCUGGUGUGAUCCAUUCUAGAAUUCUAGAUGUAUUGACAUUUUCCUUUGAAUAAUCUUAACACUGUUUGAAUAAAUUAAAAAUUUGGA